AUGGAUCUUCCUGUGUACUGCGUCAUGCGCUUUAUUACUUCUUUUGUUCCUACUUCACAGACAUGCACUUUGAAAACGGGCGAGUGGCGUGGCGAGAGGAGAAUGUUGGACAUCACGCGGGACAAGCCCGUUAAAGUUUGUGUGCGAGUUGUCGUACCUGUCCGGGAUCAUCCCAAAUUUAACUUCGUGGGCAAACUGCUGGGACCUAAAGGCAAUUCUCUUAAGCGUCUACAAGAAGACACAAUGUGCAAAAUGGCAGUUCUCGGACGAGGAUCGAUGAAGGACCGACAAAAGGAGGAAGAGCUUCGUGUAUCUGGAGACCCGAAGUUCGCGCACUUAUCGGACGAACUACACGUUGAAAUCAGUGCUUUUGCGACACCUGCUGAAGCACAUGCGAGGAUCGCCUACGCACUGGCGGAAUUAAGGAGGUUUUUAGUACCUGACUACAAUGACGACAUCAGACAGGAGCAAAUGUUGGAGAUGCAGAUUCUGUCUUCACAAACCGAGCAGCGGCGGCUUACACCACCAGACUCGUCUAGGAGUGGCAGUGAGGAAACUCUUCCACUCAGGGAUACGGUGCAUAAGCAUAGACUCACAGGAGUUCCGCCGUCACCAGCCCCGGCAUCACUGCCCGGAGGCAUCACAAUCAACCACGGCGCGAACGCCAGGGACUUUUCACCGCCAGCUCCUACGCCAGCGCCAGACCACUUGUCCGCCGCACAUCAUCAGCUGGCAGCAGGACACACAGGUCAUGGGAUGUUGGUAGGAGGAGGGAUGCUGCAACAGACUCCAACGCAUCACUUGCUCACACAGAACUCUUUACUUGGUGGCGGUGAUAUCCUCGGACUAAGCAGCCCAGUAUUGGGCGGUGUUCUUCACGCCCACCCGGCGCUGCGGGGCGUGAAGCCGGCUGCAGUCCACGCGCUUGCAACGCAAGGUGCGGGUGGGGCGCCUGCGAGCACGGCGCGCAAGCGACCCUUACUGGGCGGCGCGCGGGCCGCAAUGUCACCGACUAAACGCGCCGUGAUGACCCUGCUCGCCCGAGCUAGGGCUGCCACACACAAGCAUGCCCCAGCGUGGCCCGCGCCCCACGAGCACACAGCCCUUCUACCCCUUAUAAGGGAUGAGUUCGUGACAGGCGUCGGCGUCAAUAUCAACCUUGCAUAA